GAAAAAAUUUCCUUUUCAAAUGGCGCUACCUAAACUAAUACCCUUAUCUUAUGAUUGGAAGACUCCUCAAAAGGAGCAUGCCACAUCAGAUUUUUUUAAACUCAUACAAGAUAACACAAUUGAUUGGUGGCGACGGAAUCAGCGUAGAGACUUACCAUGGAGGCCUUAUACUGCCGAUGAAGCUGUAUCGUUUAAGUUCUGCGAUCCCUACAAAAUUUGGGUAUCCGAGGUUAUGUCGCAGCAGACGCAAAUGGGCACUGUAAUCAAGUAUUUCAACCAAUGGAUGAGCAAGUUCCCUUCAAUAGAGGUUUUGGCUAGUUCUACCGAGGAUGAGGUGCGGUGUGUAUGGUCCGGGAUGGGGUACUAUCGUCGGGCAAAUUAUCUCAGGAAGGGUGCUCAAUAUCUUGUUAAUGAGCACGUGAAAAAUAAAGCUCAAGGGGCUGUAACUUUACCGAAGACAUCAGCUGAGUUACUAAAAGUACCCGGAAUUGGGCCAUAUACAGCGGCAGCAAUUGCAUCAAUUUGCUUUAGCGAAACAUGUAUGUCUGUGGAUGGUAAUGUGUUUCGCGUGCUGUGUCGACUAAGGGGUGAACAACAAAUGGAUCCCAAGAUGCCGAAAAACUUAAAAAUGGCUUAUUUGUGGGGCCAACAGCUAAUGCGAGGUGAGGAAAAGGCUGUGUGCAAAUUUCCCGGAGAACUGAAUCAAGGUCUGAUGGAGUUAGGUGCGUCCAUUUGUAGGCCAAAUGGCCCUCCUUUGUGUAGUGAUUGCCCGCUGCGUCAACAGUGUGUUGCAUACUCUGCGUAUCAACACAAAGAAUUGCCCGCUAUUGAGGGUGUUAUUCCCCUCCACGGGACGUCUUCCCCUAAGCGCAUUGAGGAAGUCUUGACGGUGGUACACGAAUUCGCAAGUCCAGACCAUGCAGCGAGUCUGUUCAUAAUGGUGCAACGUCCUCCAAAUGGGUUGCUUGGUGGCAUGCCAGAGUUUCCCUCCCUCACUCUUAGCAGCAGUACUGGUGGUGAGACUCAACAUUUUUAUAAGGAGGUUGAGGCUUUGGCAUUUCUUUCAUGUGAAGUGAAAGAGUGCCCCUCUGAAAGCCCCUCGCUGCGCAAAGCUGGUAAAGUUAUACAUAUUUUUUCUCACAUUCGGAUGACGAUUCGCGUGUAUCAUGUCAAAUGGAUAGGAAAGCAACUAAAUCAAAUUCCCAAUUCCAUUGGCGAUGAUGACGUUAUCGCUCGCUUGGCUAAUGGUCUGGAUAAGGCAAAGGGAUGCAGCAAUUCUCGUGCCUCGAUUUUUCUACUACCCAUGGACAAACUCGCAUCGAUUGGUUCCAGUAAGCUUCUCUUAAAGGUUCUACACGCUGCUUGCGCAGCCGAGCGGUGCCAGGAGCCACAGGGUAAUGAACUAAAGAAAAGGAGAAUAAAAAAGUAA